AUGCUAUCAUCUUUACCAUUGAUUGCACCACGCGAUGCUCAUACUUUAUGGUAUACACCAACCAGCCUCUCGCAAUCUUCAUCCGGAGUAGACGGCAGCAACAGCAGCAAUAAUGCGGCCAUUGACGGUGCCUACCCCGCCGCCUUCUCCAACUUCCACUCGCAACCGUACGGCCAGCGACGCGCAGGCGCAAGUUCUCGCAACCCAUUAGCCCUUCUCGCUCUUGAAGAGAACUACAUUGUCGCGCGCAAAGAAAAUGUCCGUCGGUUCGGAGCGGGCUGGAUCCGGCCACCGGGCGUCGCAAAAACGUACCAAGCCACGAUGGACGAGGCCGCGGAGCGCGAAGAGCAAGAGAUAGCCGCAGCCCGUGAAGCCGCGGCCUUGGAGCACGCCGCCAUGCUGGAAGGGCAAACGGAAGGAGAAGAAGAAACGAUGGAAGGUGCAGAAGGCGAGGGGGACGGCGAAGCAGAGCGCGAUCUAGACGACGACGUGCCCGACGCAGAUGAUGCCGAGAUGGAGGCCGAAGCCGACGGCGACGGGUUCGACGACAUGGACGAUGACGAGGAAGAAGAAGGACUCGCUGAAGCCGACGAAGACGGCCAGCUCGGCGAGGGUCUCAUGGACGGCACGAUUGAUAUGGAUGCCGAUCUCGACCAUGACGAACCCAUGAUUGUCGAGCAGGAGCACGAUCUCGACGAUGACGUGCCCGAGGCCGGAAGCUACGAGCAUACUGAUACAGAGCUGGAGGACGAAGCAACAGAUUUUGAUUCCAGCCAUUUACAUCACCCCGGAGAUGGCCAUGGCCUCCUCCACCACCACCACCACCACCACCAUCAUCAUCACCAUCCAAGCAGCGCGUCAUCGUCGUCUCGUCGGCGCGGCAGCCGCACCCGUCGUGGAAGUGGUCAUUUGCGCGGGUUUGGCUUCACGAGCAGUAGCAGUCCCGCGGGACGUACAAGUCUCGUGCGAAGUGACGGAAGCAGUCUUGUCAUGGGCAGUUCGAUUCUCGGCAGCAGUCCGGCCGCCGCGCCGACCUUUCUUGGCCGACUCAGACGCCGGGAUACAUAG